AUGCCCUAUGGAAUAUGCGAGAGCGAGAAGCCAACGACACCCAACCCAUUUAUCAACAUUGUCCGGCGAGACACCUUUGAGACCACCGACCCCAUUGGCGAAAGCGUGCUGGACGACGCGUCGUCAUCGGCAGUAUCCUCUGAUGACGAUGUCGAGACAAGUCUUCUGACCGGAAAGCGCCUGUACCUGGCGCUGGCCGGUCUUGACACGCUGCUAUUUAUUGCCUCGCUGGACAUGACGAUCAUCGCGACAGUAUACGUGGAGAUAGCCGACAGCUUUUCGUCUCUCUCACGGGCCGAGUGGACAGUGACAUCGUAUAUGCUAGCAUCAACAGCAUUGCAGCCGCUGUAUGGGAAAUUCAGCGACAUCCUGGGCCGCGUUGAAGCUAUUGUGGUUGCAGUGCUGCUGUUCGUUGUUGGCUCGAUAAUGUGUGCGCUGAGCAACUCUAUGAGCAUGCUGAUUGCCAGCAGGGCCGUGCAAGGGCUGGGCGGUGGCGGCCUGGUCAGUCUGAUAUUUGUGGUAGCCGCAGAUAUUCUGAGUGAGCGCGAGCGCGGGAAAUACAUUGGGCUGUUUUCGGGCACCUGGGGCCUAGCGUCGGCGGUGGCCCCGAUUCUGGGCGGCGCCAUUGUGCAGCGGAGCUCCUGGCGGCUGAUCUUCUGGAUCAACCUGCCGAUCUGUGCCAUUGCACUGGCGCUGGUCAUUGUGACCAUGCGGCUGCCAAAGCCCCAGGGGUCGAUGCGCGACAAGAUCAAAAAGAUUGAUUUUCUGGGCACAUUAAUGUUCCUCAUAGGCACUGUGCCGCUGCUGCUGGGGCUGUCAUGGGGCGGCCGCGAGUACACAUGGACGUCGCCGCUGGUACUCGGGUGUCUGGUCGGCGGGUCUCUGGCGCUGUGUGUGUUCAUGGCCAUAGAGUGGAAGGUGCCGAACGAGCCAAUUGUGCCCUCGCACCUGCUGGCUAUCCGCAAUGUCUCGCUAUCUUCAGUUGGUCACUUCUUCUAUGGCGCUGCAGGGCUGGCUCCGAUCAUCUUCAUUCCGCAGUGGGCGCUGCUAGUAAAAGGUGCGACGGCAAUAUCAGCCGGCAUGCAUCUGCUGCCGUUCACAAUCGGCACCGUGGUGACAUCGGUGGUGGGCGGGUUCAUCAUGGCACGCACUGGGCGGUAUCGCCGGCUAAUUGUGGCCGGAUCCGCCAUGUUGGCCGUGGGCAAUGGCCUGCUUGUUUUACUUGACGAGAAAUCCCGUCUUACCUUACAGAUCGGUCUACUGUUCCUAUGCGGGCUGGGCGCGGGCGCCUGUAUCCAGCCGAUUAUGAUGGCUGCACAGGUGGCAGUGUGUGGUCGCGAUAUGGCGGCAGUCACCACGCUGUGUGCGUUCCUCAGGUCUCUGGGCGGAAUCCUGAGCGUGGCCAUCCUGAGCUCGGUCAUGCAUAGCAAUGUCAGACAGGGGCUGAUACAUUUAGCCACAAGGUACCCGUUCAGCAUCCGGUUCCUGCUGGAUGUCGGCGAGAACCAGUCAAUCAUCUACAAACCUGAUGUGCCGGCUGAGCUGCGUGUGGCAAUUGUGCAUAUCUUCCAGAGGGCGCUGCGUGCCUCGUUCUAUGCACUGCUGCCAUUCUCGAUACUCUUGGUUGUAUGUACACUGGGAUUCCAGCAUCUGGAGCUGAAGCGGCAAAGAAAAAAGACCAUCGGGUAA